GGCGGCGCGCGCGGGGGCCGGUGGGAGCGCGCCCGCCCGCGCGCGCUCGGGGGGCGGGACCCGCCUUCAGGUGAGGGAGGAGAGGCGGGAAAGCGCCGGGAGGGCAGCGCCGUGAGGGGGGCGGAGGAGAUUCAACCUGCAGCCCAGGAUGCGCCCCCCGGCCCGCCCUUCGUCCGCUCGGGCUGCGGCAUCUCUGAGGGAGCCGCGGAUGCAGCCUAUUAAACCUUCAGCAAUGAGCAAGCGUAAGCUGAAGGACAGCAGUGCAGAAAGUGCUGAGUGCAUUUCCCAGCUGCAAAAAAUCUUACGUGAAAGAUUCUGUCACCAUUUCUGUGCUGCUGGAAAACUCUUUGGGAUGGAGCAGCAGUACAGACAUUUGCUGGAGCUGCUGAGAAGAACCACGGUGCACGGGGAGAGCAAUUCUGCCCUCAUUAUCGGCCCCCGGGGAUCCGGGAAAACCACGUUAUUAAAUCAUGUCUUAAAAGACCUCAGGGAAAUGACACAAGUGAGAGAGAACCUCUUGGAAGUCCACCUGAAUGGGCUUCUGCAGACAAAUGACAAAGUGGCCCUGAAGGAGAUCACCAGGCAGCUGCAGCUGGAAAAUGUGGUUGGGGACAAAGUUUUUGGCAGUUUUGCUGAAAACCUUGCCUUCCUCCUUGAAGCUCUGAGGAAAGGAAACCGAACCAACAGCUGCCCCAUUUUGUUUGUCCUGGAUGAAUUUGAUUUGUUUGUCCACCACAAGAAUCAGACCCUGCUCUACAACCUGUUUGACAUCUCCCAGUCUGCUCAGACCCCAGUGACAGUGAUUGGACUCACCUGUAGGCAGGACAUCCUGGAGCUCUUGGAGAAGAGAGUAAAGUCAAGGUUCUCCCACAGGCAGAUAUAUUUGAUGAAUUCCUUUGAUUUUAAACAGUACAUUAACAUAUUUAAGAAACAGCUUUCUCUUCCUGCUGAAUUUCCUGAUGAGCCUUUUGCACAAAAAUGGAAUAAUAAUGUUCAGCAUCUGUCAGAGGAUAAAACUGUGCAGGACGUGCUGCAGAAGCUCUUCCACCACAGCAAAGACCUGCGCUCGCUGCACCUGCUCCUGAUGCUGGCUGUCAGUGCAGUGACCAUGCACCACCCCCUGCUCACAGCUGCAGACCUGCAGGAGGCCAGCAGGCAGCACAGCACCGACUCCAAGGCAAACAUUGUCCAUGGUUUGUCUGUGCUGGAAAUCUGCCUCAUCAUAGCCAUGAAACACCUGAAUGAGGUCUAUGAUGGAGAACCAUUCAACUUCCAGAUGGUUUACAAUGAAUUCCAGAAGUUCAUCCAGAGGAAAGCACAUUCCAUGUACAACUUCGAGAAGCCAGUUGUCAUGAAGGCCUUUGAGCACCUGCUGCAGCUGGAGCUGGUGCAGCCGCUGGAGCGGCCGUCGGCGCGGGCGCAGCGCGAGUUCCUGCUGCUGCGGCUGCUGCUGGACAGCAGCCAGAUCAUGGAGGCGCUGCAGCUCUACCCCAACUGCCCCACCGACGUCAAGCAGUGGGCAGCCUCCUCCCUCAGCUGGCUCUGAGCUCCGCAGGAGGCCGUGCUCACCCACAGCAAGGUGCUCACAUCAGUAAGCUUUGGGAAGCAGCUUGCUGUGCUGAUCCAUUUGGGAUUUCCUAGGGAGAACGGUGCUGUUGUUCCCUUCCAGCAGCCAGGACUGUGCCUCGCUCACAGCUCAGUGCCAACUCCUGCUCUCACUGUUACCUCUUGGAGAAAUCCAAGCUCUGCGGUUUGUCCCUGUGGCUGAGGGCUCUGGAUCCUGGAUCAGGCUUUGCUCUCCUGGUUCCCUUCAACAGCCCCAUCAGGUCAAAGUUCACUCUGCACUUUUCCAUCUCAAAUCUGACUUGACAUGGAAAAUUUACCCAAUUAAACUUUAAUCACAACCAAACUUACUUCAUGACGUGUUCAAUCCAACAGGGCUACUUUGUGCCAAGUACAAGGUAACAUGUUUCCAUACCUGAUUUUUGUAGCAAAACUCAAGAGUCUGGCUCAAGAACUGCUGUAGGACCAUCCCCAUGAGUUUGAAAUAAAGUUUUCAAAGAAGCA